UCACUGUUCAUUAUCUUCACCUUGCAUAUAUGGCUCAUGACGCGUUUAGGUGGUCAACAGGGGAUGCAUGUUCCUCCCAGCCACAUGCAUUCACCGCUUUUGUGUUCAGGGAUUCGUGUUUACACAACUUUGUAUUCCUUUUGAGAGUUACGGGAUUCAUCACUGUUUAUUAUCUUCACCUUUUCAUUAGUCAGAUAAGGAUGCACAUGUAACGGUAUAUCUAUUUUUCAGUUGUGGUUGGAAUAUAUCUUAUGUUGGCAAUUGUCAUCGUUAUCGCCGUCAGAAUAAACCGGAUGACGAAAAGGCUAGAUGUCGAGAUCAAACAGAUAGAAGCACGGAUCCAGCGUGAACUGUUAAAUAUAACUUGCAUGUUGUUGCAUCGAGAGUUACAGCGUAUGGUUCGACGAAGGCUUCGACAAAGGUCAACCAGAUACCAAUCUAUUGCAGAGGAUCACUAUGAAUUGACCCCGAUUGUGAACGAUCCAUAUGAACCUCCUCUUCGAAGAUCUGCAACAUUAGCAGAAACAGAAUACCAAUAUGUUGCUCCAUACGAAACUCCCAAAGAAGGCUGUUUUUGUAGAUAUUGCUUGGACCAAGCUGCCAAUCAUCCCCCAAACAGCUUACCAGAAGUAGAUGGAGCGCAUGGUACAGCAAGAGCAUAUGACAGUCUGCAAGGAAUUUUCGCAGAGAAACCCUUCCUUGACAGAACUACUUCAGAGAAACAUUCGCAGUAUUCUCUUCUCAAUAACCCGCCUGAUGUUUACUCGCUAAGCGGCAAAACAAGAGCACUGAUCCAUAAUGAUCACUCCCAAUCCACAGAACGGCGUCUAUCCCGAAGAAGAAUGCGCCGUGGAAGAAAAUCCGGACUUAACGAUUAUGAUGAUGACGGCAUUAAUGGUAAUUGGAUAGAACUGGAGCGGAUUAAGCAAAGACAAGAAGAAGCCGAAGAUGCGGAGUUCAUAUCGCAAUUGCUAUCCGAUGUGAAGAGAGAACCUAUCACUGAUGUUUUACCCGGUAUCAGCCCAUUCAAAAUACCAAAAACAUUGCCAAAUUAUAAACGAGAAGAGGCAAAAGAAUCCAUCGCCCUUUCGGAAUUUAGCUUUUUAGAAUUAGAAAUACAAGAAGUAGAUGAUGCCAUCAAUGCCAACUAUACUGAGAAAGAGAAACCCAGUUUCAAGAAUGAAACAUUAUCGGAUGCCGGAACAACUAAAACCACCAACGAUGCACCUAACGAGUUGUUUUCUAGUUCGAAUAUAAAAAGCAAAGCAGAAGAAAACAAUGUGGCACCUACAAAAGGAGUUUGCAUUGCAGAGGUGAAUUUUGAUGUAGGAAACAGCGGCGGCGAGUCGAAUUCAUCAGACUACUUAAAACCAAUGCCACACAAAAACACGGGAGAUAAUUCAAGCGAAAAGCAAACCAGUUUAACAACUGAGUUUUGCCUUGCAGAAGUAAAUUUUGAUGUUGAAGAUAACGAGGGAGACUCAGAAUCAGAGCAAUAUGGCAAAGAAAACGGUUCAAACGAAAAACAAAUCAUUGACAUCGCUGGACUUUGUAUUGCUGAGGUGAACUUUGAUGUUCAAAACAUCGAAGCACUCAAUGUAUCACCAAACAAUACACAGCCAAUGGCGGACAGAGACAACAAGGAAGAUAACAUGUCAAUCGCGUUCUCUACCGGACUAUGCAUUGCAGAGAUAAAUUUUGACAUUGAAAACACAGAAAAGGUAUCUGAUUCAUCAGACUACCUAGAGCCAAUUGAAUUAGAUUCUGGAACACACACACUGCAAGACGAGAAAACCGACAUUGAAACAUACGAAACAUUGCAAAAUGUCACCGACACCAUGGUUAACAUUCCCAACAUUGAGACCGCCAAUGAAUAUUCCAUUCAAGGUGAAGAUGCUGGUUUCAAUAUUUGUUUGGCAGAUCUGAACAACUUCCAAGAUAUUUUGUCAGAAGUUGAAUAUAUGGAAGAAUCUAUAUUAGACAUCGGGUAUUCCUCAAGCAAAGAAUACGAACGAUUGAGGACGUCUACAGAGAUCGUCAUGAAUGCACCGGAGGAAAAGCACAGGGAAGAAACAACAGUCAUGUCUGCUGAUACAGGACUCAAUGUUUGUUUUGCAGAACUGCAAAAUUUUGAACAACUGCUCUUAGAAUCUGAGACAGUGGAAGAGACAGCAUCGGACAAAUCACAUGAAAGUCAUUAUGACACAAUUAAGAUCGACGUCGACGUCAACCAUAGCGAUGAUUCUGACACCAUUUCUGAGUGAUCACAGAGAUGACAUCCUAAUGGCCGGGUAUAAAGAGAACCAUCUAGCGAAUUUUAUGAAGAUAUCCAGCAAAAGACAUGGUAUGCAGAGAACCAGCUUAUACUUUGUAUACAGAGAACCAGCCAAGACGUAGUGUAGAAAGAACCAGCUAAGUCUUGGUAUACAAAAAUGAAAAUCAGUGUUUUGUAAAGGCUACAUAAAUGACAGACAUAUAUUUUACAAUUCAGUAUGCUUUAUGGAAAUUCUAUAUCAUUAUCACAUGUUUGUUUGAUUUUGUACUUCUUGUGUCUUGAGUAGUCAACAGCACACUUUUAUGUCUGGGUAUUUUUCUAAUUAGAAAAACGUACUUAUUCACACACCGAAUGUAGGGUUUUGAUUUGGAAAUUUAUUGAAAACCAGAAGUUUUCGUUGAAAAAAAAAUGCAUUUGAUUUUUACAAUUCAUUGAUGUACCUUUUCUGACACGAUAUAAACGUUUGAUUUGUUUACUGUAAAUACUUGUAUUAAGACAUAAUUGUACAAUCUGUCGACAUAUGUUUAUGCUGUUAUACAAUUUGCACAUAUUUUUCACUGGAUAUAUUGAUUUCAUUUUAUGCGUAUUUGUGUUGAGCUAUAUGUAUUUAUGCAGACUUCUGUCGUUGGUAUGGAUGAACAUCGUAUUGUUUCCAUAACUAGCAAAAAAAAAAAAAAACAAGAAAGGAAACAUUCAUUGAAGAUGGGAGAUGACUUUGUUAUUAUACUAUCAUUCUGUAAAAGAAAUAUGCUCAAUAUACUAACAAAGCUAUUGCUUUUGUGAACGUUUGGCUUUGGGUUUUUGUGUUGGAAUUCUUAAGAUGACAACCUAAGCAAAUAUCUCCCAUUGAUCUAACAAUACAUUUUACAUGUAGUUUGUUUAAAAAAGACCUGUCUGUAUACUCACUGUUUGUUGUCCUCCCUUGUUUUUAUUAUUUACAUGUUAUAAUCUAUGCAACUUUGUGUUUUUUCUGCUGUAUGUACAUUUAUGUAUGUGCUUCUGAUAUAUAUAGUUUCAUAUUCAUGUUUAAAAAGGAUGUCAGCCACUGUGAAGAUGUAUUACUCCUCGUUAAAGAAAUGAUAUUUAAUACACAAGUUUCUGAUUAGAUAUAUAACCAUGUAGUAUGUAGAUUCAAAGUUUUUUAUCCCCAGGUUUCUGUAUUCAAAAGAAUGGUUUGAAGUUUUAAAUGUAAGUUUAUAGGAAAGUUCGCUAAAACAUGUAUUUUUAAUAACCAGAAGGCUACUUUUCCAAAAUAAAUAAAUAAAUAUGCAAACAUCCUAUUGCACGGCAAAUUCAAUAGCACCCAAAUCAUUUCAACUGGGAUUAUAGUGGGGGUUACAUGACUUAGAUCAAUAUCGAGAAUUAAUGUUUCACAUAAAAAUAGUUCAGUUGAGCAAUAUGGAUCACAGAUGAUAUUUCACUUUUCUUCUUGAAAGUAUCAUGAUUACUACUACUACUACUGCAAGUACGACUACUAUUAUUAUUACUACUACUACUACUACUACAGUUACAACUACUACUACUAUCAAUACUACUACUACUACUAUUAGUAUUACUACUAUUACAACUACUUCUACUACUACUACUACUAGUUUUAUCAUUAUUACUACUUUUACAACUACUUCUACUACAUUGUACUUCUAUUAUCAUUGUUGUUAUAUGGAUGUAGUAUUAUCACUGCUAUCUUUAUCAUUACUAAUAUUAUCACUACCCUUAUUAUCAAGGCUAUUAUUAUCAUCAUUGCAUGUUGUUUCCCCAUUGUUGUUAUUUUUAUUAUAAUCAUUAUUAUCAUUGAUUGUUAUACUAUGUUGUUUCUAUUAAGAUUAUUGCAUGUUUGAGUAUUUUUAUUGCAUUUAUUAUUAUUAUUAUUAUUAUUAUUAUUAUUAUUAUUAUUAUUAUUGCUAUUAAUAUAUACGCUAUUAUUAAUAUUGUUGCAUUUUUAUUUUCCAUUUAGUAUUCGUAUUAUUAUGAUUAUUAUUGAUUUUUACUAUUAUAUUGUUUCUAUUAUGAUUGUUGCAUGUUUUAAUAUUUCCUAUUGUAGUUAUAAUCACUAUCCUUAUUGAUUUUUCUAUUAUAGUAUUGGUUUUAUAAUUAGCUCAUGUUUACUUAUUUUUAUUGUAUUUAAUAUCAUUUUGUUUUUAUACUCAUUAUAUUCAAUCAAAAUCUAAUUUUAAAAAAUGUCAAAUAUUUAGCAUGGUAU